UGUCUUUCUUACUACGUUAGCAACUUCACGACAACCCUGAGUCACCAGCAACUAGCGCAGAUCGCACUGAAGGUGAGCCUAGAGAGGGCGGAGUCGACCCAAGCCUACGUGACGGAGGUGGCUAAGGAGCUUAAGCAGAGAAAGGCCAAGGACUACCGGGCCGUGAAAGAAUGUCUGGAUCAAAUAAACGAUGGGGUCGAUCAACUCACGAAUUGCAUCAAAGAGACACGGAUGAUAAAGGAAAACGGGACGAGUAGCGAUUUCCCCUGGCAUGCUAGCAACGUGCAGACAUGGAUGAGCACGGCCCUGACCGAUGCGAGCAUGUGCAUGGACGGGUUCUCAAGCCGGGCCAUCGAGGGCAAGAAGAAGGCUAUUAUCAAAGCCAAGGUGCUUAAUCUUGAACAAGCAACUAGCAAUGCCCUGGCCUUGUUCAAUAGGUUUGCUGCAAGGUAUAGGUCCUCCCAUGUCAAUAAACCCAAAGUAUAGGGGCUUUUGCGCAAUUUGCAUAUGGACCUAAUGUUACUUGAUCUCUGUCUGUGAGGAAAAAUCUGUGAAUACACAAAGUUUUGGGGGGUUUGUGAUGUCUACAGAAACUGAAGCUAAUACUUAUCUUGUUAUUUAUUUUUUUAAUUAAUUUGAGAGCAUGAGCCUCUUUCAUUUCAUUUUAUUUUAUUUUCUUUGGUUACUUAAUUUGCAUUAUAUAGUAUGAAAAUACGAUCGUAUUCAUGUUAUACUAAGAACUUUAUGCAUUAAGGGUGCA